CAGACUUGUGGAACAGACUCAGCCGGCGAGAUCCAGCAACUUGUGCACCAGGCCCAGGUCGAAGAUGGGCAAGAAGGCUAAAGAAAGUGGUGGUGGUGAGGAUGAUGAGAAGAAACUGCGAAUUGCCAUUGUCAACUCAGACCGUUGCAAACCGAAGAAGUGCAAAGCAGAAUGCAAGACCCAUUGCCCAGUGGUGCGAACUGGAAAGCUUUGCGUAGAGGUGAACAGAGACUCAAAGAUUAGUUGGAUAUCCGAGACCCUUUGCAUUGGUUGUGGUAUUUGCGUGAAGAAGUGCCCCUUCGAGGCGAUCACCAUUAUCAACCUGCCAAAGGAUUUGUCCAGUCACACAACGCACCGAUAUGGUCCGAAUACAUUCAAACUUCAUCGUUUGCCAACACCUCGCCCAGGACAAGUUCUAGGUCUCGUGGGCACGAAUGGCAUCGGCAAAUCGACGGCCUUGAUGGUAUUGGCUGGGAAAUUGAAGCCCAACCUGGGACGCUUCGACAAUCCUCCUGACUGGCAGGAGAUCAUCCAGCAUUUCAGAGGGAGCGAGCUGCAGACGUAUAUCAAAGGCAUGCUUGAGGACAGGCUCAAAGCGAUGAUCAAGCCACAGUAUGUAGACAAGCUACCAAAGCAGAUUUCUGGCUCAGUUGCCGAGAUUCUCGGAAUGAAGGAUGAGAAAAAGAUGCAGGAGCACUUUUGCAAGGAGCUGGAACUUGAUCACUUGCAGGAGCGACAAAUCAAGGAUCUUUCUGGUGGUGAGCUUCAGCGCUUCUCUAUUGCAGUCCUUUGUGUCCAAGAUGCUCAAGUGUACAUGUUUGACGAGCCUUCCUCAUAUCUUGAUGUCAAACAGCGCAUCGCUGCUGCACAGGUGGUAAGAAGUUUGCAGACAGUGGACAACUACAUCGUUGUAGUGGAGCAUGACCUGGCAGUGCUGGACUACCUCUCAGACUUCAUUUGCUGUUUGUGGGGUUCUGCUGGUGCCUAUGGUGUGGUGACGAUGCCCUUCAGCGUCCGUGAAGGCAUCAACAUCUUCCUUGAAGGCUUCAUCCCAACGGAAAAUCUGAGAUUUCGGGAGGUCUCUUUGAGCUUCAAGGUGAGUGAAGAUUUAGACCCUUCGAAGCUGGACAGAAUGCACAACACGGAGUAUCCGAAGAUGUCAAAGAAGAUGGGUGGAUUCAAGCUUGACAUUGAGGCUGGAAACUUUGCUUCUUCAGAGAUCUUGGUUUUGCUCGGCCAGAAUGGUUGUGGGAAGACCACCUUCAUCCGAAUGCUGGCGGGUCUCUUGAAGCCUGAUGACUUGCCAGAGGGUGAAGAGCUCCCAGAGCUGAAUGUGUCGUACAAGCCACAGACCAUCAGUGCCAAGUUUGAAGGCACGGUGAAGGACUUGUUUCUCAUGAAGAUCCGAGAUGCGUUCUUGCAUCCACAAUUUCAGACUGACGUCACGAAGCCCAUGCUGAUCGACCAGAUUGUUGACCACAAUGUACAGACACUGAGCGGCGGCGAAUUGCAACGAGUGGCACUAGUGCUUUCCUUGGGGAAGCCUGCCGAUAUUUAUUUGAUAGACGAGCCUUCAGCCUAUUUAGAUGUUGAACAGCGUGUAGUUGCAGCUCGAGUGAUGAAGAGGUUCAUUUUGCAUGCGAAGAAGACAGCCUUUAUUGUCGAGCAUGACUUCAUCAUGGCCACGUACCUGGCUGAUCGCGUCAUUGUCUACGAUGGGAGACCUGGUAUUGAAUGUGUGGCAUCGGCACCAAUGUCAUUGCUGGAGGGCAUGAACAAGUUUUUGGCCCAGCUGGAAAUCACCUUCCGCCGGGAUCCUACAAACUACCGACCUCGAAUCAACAAAGCUGAAUCAGUCAAGGAUCGUGAGCAGAAGCAAGCGGGCAGCUACUUCUUGCUCGAGGAAUGAGAUCCUUCCGUGGCCGAGAGGCGCUACGGAAAAGUCUUGCCCUUGUUAUUACACGUUUCAUCAGCUUAAAGAGACACACCGUUAAGCACCACUUCCAAAACAUACCAUCACUCUGCUCGGAGAGCUGAGUGUAGAACGCUCUAACCAAAUGGAGUUAUUGAAAGGGUGAUUCACCUGACGUGAUAAGCAGGUCGGAGUAUUUGGAUUGCUUAUUGCCAUGUCCUGAAGUGAGCUAGACCUGCCUAUUUCGGUCGACCCUGAACAACGACGCGCCUAUUUCGUCCGCUUGACCUCUGGCUUGACAUAGACUGCUGACUCAAUGGAACACGUGGACAUGGCACGUCCCUGUCAAUUGCUUUCAGUCUUUGAAACCAGUGUUUGGCAAAAGUGUUUUACCCUUGCAGACCAUGGGCACAUUCAUGACGUUCAUGAAGCCAGACAUUUUUAGGCCUGCACCCCUAUACUGAACCAGGGGUGCUCAACGAACGUUGAAAGC